AUGGGUUUUUGUAAUCAAUGGAUAGAAUUGGUGAUGAAUUGCAUUGAGGCAGUAUCAUAUGCUAUCCUGGUUAAUGGUUCCCCUCAAGAAUCUUUCCACCCAACUAGAGGGAUUAGGCAAAGAGACCCCCUAUCACCCUAUGUCUUCAUCAUAUGUGCUAAGGCACUUAGUAGUCUGAUCAGUAAAACUAAAGGAGAAGGACUGAUCCAUGGGGUUCCUAUUGCAAAAAAUAGGCUCAGAAUUUCACAACUAUUUUUUGCUGACGAUUGCCUUCUCUUUUGCAAAGCUAAUGCCAUUGAAUGGGGCAAACUUUUUGGGUUACUAAGAGCCUAUGAAUCAGCAUCAGGACAAAUACUUAACUUGGAGAAAACCUCUAUUAUUUUCAGCAAGAACACAUCAAGGGAUACACAGCAGUACAUCCUUUCUAUUGAUGGGGUAAGGAAUGGCAUGUCAUAUGAGAAAUAUUUAGGACUGCCCUCAGUGGUGGGAAAGAAUAAAGCCAAGACUUUUAAAAGAAUUUUGGAUAGCAUCAGAGCAAAAGUCAGUAAUCAUAGAGUUAAAAUGCUGUCCCAAGCAGGGAAUGAGAUAUUUAUCAAAGCUUUCAUCCAAGCUCUCCCAACCUACACAAUGUCUAUUUUUAAACUCCCUAAUUCAUUGCUCCAAGAAAUCAACAGGGUCAUCAACAACUUCUGGUGGGGGCAGCAAGGUAAUGAACAUAGGAUACAUUGGAUCUCUUGGAAAAAUAUGGGAAAGGCUAAAACUGUAGGGGGUAUGGGUAUAAGGGACUUUGAAGCUUUUAACAAAAUAAUACUAGCCAAACAAUGUUGGAGAUUGAUCCAACACCUUGAUUCCCUUGCUGCUCAGGUAAUUGUGCAAGAGGCAAGAAUCAUCCUGGAUGUGCUGAAUGAGGAGGGUUGUAGAACCAGUAAGGUCUGUACUUCAGCUGAGGUUUGGCAGGCUCCACCAUCAAAUUGGCUCAAGAUGAACUGGGACAGUGCAGUUGAUAAGGCUAGAGGUAUCGUUGGAGUGGGAGUGGUUGUGAGGAAUAGUUCUGGCAAAAUCAUUGCAACCUUGAGAACUAAGAAGCAUCUCUUCCCUAACUCAUUGCUAGCUGAGGCCUUCGGAGCUCUUAAAACAGUGCAAUUUGGCUGGAGCUUGGUCUAA